CAAACAAGAAAAUAAUAAAUAAAAAUGAAAUACUGUGUUGUCCAUUGGUGCAAUAAUUCUAUUCAUAAAGAGAAAAAGACAGGAAAGCAUGUGGCUUUAUUUGCAUUUCCAAAAAAUCUGGAACAUCGUACAAAAUGGGUGAAAGCAUUGAAAAAUGUGGCCAUAAAAACAAAUAGCAUUGUAUGUCAAGAACAUUUUAAUGAAACCUGUAUGUACAAAACUGGAUUGUCAUCAUUACGCUUGUACGAAGGAUCUGUACCAUCUAUAUUUCCAUAUGUUUCUAAUUUAAGCAUAACAGAAAGUAUACACUGUAACGAAAACAAUAAUGCAUCUUCUGAAGUAUUGAUGGAAGAUGAAUCAACAAUUGGUUCUCAUCAAGGACAAAUACAAGAUGAUAUGACAUAUUCAACAAAAACCAAUACUGUGGUGUCAAGUAAUAAAUGUUUAAUAAGAUAUCCAAGAGAUAUUACAAUCGAAAAAGUGGCAAACAUGUCGUCAAGUAGUUUGAGGAAGUACGUUACUAUAUUAAGAAAGAAAUAUAAUGCUCAACAGAUUGCAAUGAAUCGUUUAAGAUCUCAAGUAUAUAGUCAGAAGAAAACAAUUGAGAGUUUAAAACAGUUGUUCACUGCUCUAAGAAAAAAUAAUCUUAUUUCCUCUAAUGCUGAGCAAGUAUUACAGCACAUUCAAAUGUUGCUAAUAUUAAUGAUGUUUGUGAUAGUGAUGAAGAAGAAAAUUUAA